AUGACACUUCAUCAAUUCAUUAGGAAGAGCGUCAAUAAGAAAAAGUACAUACUCUCCAUGUUUCCCUAUCCUUCGGGUAAUCUACACAUGGGUCAUGUCAGAGUGUACACCAUCUCGGAUCUACUUGCAAGGACUCACAAAAUGUUGGGCUACAACGUCAUUCAUCCUUUCGGAUUUGAUGCUUUCGGAUUACCUGCAGAGAACGCUGCUAUUGAAAGAGGUGUUUCUCCUGCUGAUUGGACCUAUAAGAAUAUUGCUCACAUGAAGGAACAAAUUAAAGCAUUGGAUUUUGAUUUUGAUUGGGAUAGAGAAGUCAUUACGUGCAAUCCCGAAUAUUACAAGUGGACACAAUGGUUAUUUCUUCAAUUAUUUUCAAAAGGAUUAGCCUAUCAACAAGAGGCUUUGGUAAAUUGGGACCCAGUUGAUCAGACCGUGCUGGCGAAUGAGCAAGUAGAUAGUCAAGGACGGUCGUGGCGAUCUGGAGCUUUGGUGGAACGGAAAAAUUUAAAACAAUGGUUUUUCAAAAUUCGUGAAUUUGCACAUGAGUUAUUAACAGAUGCAGACACGCUAGAAAAUUGGCCUCUCAAUGUCAGAACCAUGCAAAAGCAAUGGAUUGGAAAAUCUGAGGGAGCAGAAUUUACCUUUAAAACAACAUGUGGAAAUUCACUGACUGUUUUUACCACACGACCAGACACAAUAUAUGGAGUAACAUACAUUGCAGUUGCUCCAGAAAACGACAAACUUAUUUCGAAUAUGGUACCUGAGGCCAGAAAGCCAGAGGUGGAAGCUUUUAUUAAAAGAUUAUCGUCAUUGACAAGCGUCAAAAGAAAUGAAACGGCUGCCAACUCUAAAGAGGGAUGUUAUAUUGGUGUUGACGCCAUACAUCCCAUUACCAAAGAGGCCAUUCCAAUCUAUGUGGCAGACUAUGUCAUUUCUGAUUUUGCUGAAGGAUGUGUUAUGGGAGUACCUGCACAUGAUACACGAGAUUUUGAAUUUGCCCAAACGCACUCUAUUCCAAUCAAAUAUGUCAUUAAGUCACAAGACACUCUGGAUGAUUUUCAUGACAGUUGCUACUCUGAAAAGAAUGGUAUUUUAAUUAACUCUGAUAAAUUUAAUGGAAUGAAAAUUGAAGAGGCAGCACCUAAAAUCAUUCAGUACGCAGAGAAAGAAGGAUUUGGUAGGCCAUCUGUUCAAUACAGAUUGAGAGACUGGCUUGUAUCAAGACAACGAUAUUGGGGGGCUCCAAUUCCUAUUAUUCAUUGCCCUCAAUGUGGCCCUGUUCCUGUCCCAGAGAAAGAUUUGCCUGUUUUGUUACCUACAAAUAUUGAAUUUACAGGCAAGGGUCCAUCUCCUUUAGCAAAAGCAACUGAGUGGAUGAAUGUGAAAUGUCCAUGUGGGAAAGGAGUGGAUUGUACACGAGACACCGACACAAUGGAUACGUUUGUGGACUCUUCCUGGUAUUUCCACAGAUAUACCGAUGCCAAAAACGACAAGGAGGCGUUCAACAUUGAAAAGGCCAAUAAGGAAAUGAACGUUGAUAUUUACAUUGGUGGUAUUGAACAUGCCAUCCUUCACUUGUUAUACUCGAGAUUUAUUCACAAAUUCCUUCACAGAGAAGGCUAUAUGAAAGACCGAGAGCCAUUUAACACACUUCUCACGCAAGGCAUGGUUCAAGGAGAAACAUUCAAAGACUUGGAAACGAACAAAUAUUACAAGACUGAAGAAAUGGAACGUAAUGAAGAGGGUAUUGUGGUUGAUAAGAUCACAAAAAAACCUUUAACAAGCGUGUGGGAAAAGAUGUCAAAAUCAAAAUAUAACGGCGUGGAUCCAGAAGCUGUCACAAAAGAAUUUGGAUCUGACACUGUACGUCUCUAUAUUCUAUUCAAAGCUCCAUAUGACAAGGAAUUGAUGUGGGAGCAAAAUCAAAUAUUAGGUCAAGAGAGAUUUUUGGUAAGAAUGGAAAACUUAGUCAAUAAUUUUGCCACGCUUAAAAAAGCUCAGAAGAGCGAAGACGCGACAUCUGAUGAUGAGUUUAAAUUCCUUAAAGAAAUUUACACAUUGAUCGAGCAGAUAAGAGAGGGAGUUACCUCUCGCUUCACAUUCAAUGUUUGUGUAUCAAACCUCCACAAAUAUGGAAUUGCUUUGCAAGAAUAUGAAGACAAGAUUGGUACCACUAAAUCAUACGAAGAUGCCAUGUUGUUACUACCCUCUGUGAUGGCUCCAUUCACCCCUCAAUUUGCAGAAAAGGCUUUCAAAAUUGUGACCGCUCACUUGCCCUCCACUCAUCCACUAAAACAAGUCACAAGUGUUCAUGAAACAGCUUUCCCCAAUGUUUCACCCAAUAAUAUCCAACUCGAAAAGAAGACUCAAAUUUGUGUCAUUCAAGUGAAUGGCAAGAGAAAGGACGAACUUCAAUUACCCAUGUCGCUUUUACAAGUAGCCAUUCCAUCCGAAAGACAAGCUCAAAUUGAGUCCUUCAUUUCACAACAAUCCAAAGCUGUCAUGAAACUCUCCCAAACCUCCAUUAAGAAGAUCAUUCACGUUGAUAAGAUGAAAAAUCAAUACGUUAUUAAUUAUAUUGUCUCCUCAUCUGACGAGUAA